AUGUCAGAAAAUAACGAUGCUGAAAAGAAUAUUGAAAUUUGGAAAGUCAAGAAAUUGAUUAAAUCACUAGAAAUGGCAAGAGGUAAUGGUACUUCUAUGAUUUCAUUAGUUAUUCCGCCUAAGGGUCAAAUUUCAUUAAUUCAAAAAAUGUUAACAGAUGAAUAUGGUACAGCUUCAAAUAUUAAAUCAAGAGUAAAUAGGUUAUCUGUUUUAUCAGCAAUUACUUCAACUCAACAGAAAUUAAAAUUAUAUAAUUCCGUUCCAAGAAAUGGUUUAGUUGUUUAUUGUGGUGAUGUAAUAACAGAUGAAGGUAAAGAAAAAAAAUUAAAUAUUGAUUUUGAACCUUUUAAACCAAUUAAUACCUCAUUAUAUUUAUGUGAUAAUAAAUUCCACGUCGAAGCUUUAAAUGAGUUAUUAGAAAAUGAUGAUAGAUUUGGUUUUAUUAUUAUGGAUGGUAAUGGUGCUUUGUUUGGUGCUGUUAGUGGUAACACAAGAGAUGUUUUACAUAAAUUCACAGUUGAUUUACCUAAAAAACAUGGUAGAGGUGGUCAAUCAGCCGUUCGUUUCUCAAGAUUAAGAGAGGAAAAGAGACAUAAUUAUGUUAGAAAAGUUGCUGAAGUUGCAGUACAAAAUUUCAUUACUGCUGAUAAAGUUAAUGUUAAAGGUUUAAUUUUAGCUGGUUCUGCUGAUUUUAAAACUGAACUUUCAAAAUCUGAUUUAUUUGAUAAUAGAUUACAAGCUAAAGUUAUAAAAAUUGUUGAUAUUUCAUAUGGUGGUGAAAAUGGUUUUAAUCAAGCUAUUGAAUUAUCUGCUGAAACAUUAGCAAAUGUUAAAUUUGUUCAAGAAAAGAAAUUAUUAGAAGCUUAUUUCGAAGAAAUUAGUCAGGAUACUGGUAAAUUCUGUUAUGGUAUUGAAGAUACUUUAAAAGCAUUAGAUUUAGGUGCUUGUGAAAAAAUAAUUGUUUAUGAAAAUUUAAACAUAGUAAGAUAUACAUUAAAAGAUCUUGACGGUGAAGAAGUUGUUGCACAUGUAAACCCAGAAUUACCUGAUAAAUCCUGGCAAGUUGAUAAAAAAUCAGGUACUGAAAUGGAAAUAAUAAAAGAAGAAUCAUUCUUGGAAUGGCUAGCAGAAAAUUAUAAAAAUUAUGGUGCAGAAUUAGAAUUUGUUACUGAUAAAUCUUCUGAAGGUGCACAAUUUGUACAAGGUUUUGGUGGUGUUGGUGCUAUAUUGAGAUAUAAAGUUAAUUUUGAACAAUUAGCUGAUGAAUCAAGUGAAGACGAAUACUACGAUGAUGAUGAUGAAGAUUUUAUCUAG